UUUCCUUUACAGAACAUGGUGAUGGCGGUUUUGGAACAGUUUGACAUGGUGAGAAGCAUAUCGACUGGAGCUACACAAUGCAUCAGUUACAAAAUUCAGGAAAUCAGCAGGUGAACUCAGCAAUAGAAGAGACGUAGCAGUGAAACGCGCCUCUUUGGAGCUUCUCACACGGCCAGGACAUCAUAUCUUGUUACUCUCUAUCGUUGCACAUAGAGACACAACACUGAAGUUUAUGAAUACAUUCAGUGUAAAAGUUAGUUGCGCAUCACUUUCAGGGUGAGAGAACGAAGAAUUACCAAAUUUGGUAACUGUAGACAAAAUUUUUAUGGGAUUACGUCCAUACACAAUUUGGACUAAGUUUUCCAAUGCCUCAGCUCUGGGAACAGGAAAGGAACUGAGUGCCCGAAAAUGCUUAUCCAUUUCUUCACUAUAUUCCACGGAUGAUAGGUGGUUUAGUGGCUCUACCACAACCAACAUUAUCCGUCCAGCUUUACAUAUUCCCCCUUUACAUUUUGAUGUUUUACAAGUUUGUAUAUUUUAUGCUCCAUUUCUUCUCAUUGUUUUGGUCUCUGAUUGUAUGUUGAGUAGUACAUUGCCUAACCUAUCAGGAUGUACACUGUAAAUGGAUCUGCCUUCCAUCUACCAGUGUGAGAUACUCUGUGAUUGUUCUCUUUUACGAAAGAAAAGAAAUGCAGAAUGGACCAGAGCCCAUGUUAUAUCAAGAAAGCUUCACUAUCUUUGAUCAUUUAGCUAAUGGACAAAGCUCUUCAAACAGUUUCUGAUAUGGAGACUGGAAUUUUAUUGGUUAAGAUCAUCGAGUUGAUUUCUUCAAUGAUCUGAUCAUUCAACUAUUGGAAAUAAUGUGAACAAAGUUACUUUUCUGAUACAAGAAAGUUACCUUUCUUUCUUUUGUAUCAGAAAAGUCGUUAAUCUGUUGCUAUUUCACUCAAAAGGUCAUUUUUCUUUCUCUCGUAUCAGAAAAGUCUCUUAUCUUUUGCUGUUUCACUCGAGAAGUCAGUCAAGCCGGAGUGUGAUAUAUCAAGCUACUUUUUAAAGCACUUGGUUCACCUAUUCCAUCAAAAGUGACCCAUAACCAAAAUACUUACUGUUCUUACCAACUUCCCUUUAUCUUAAGUAAUUAUGAUGUGAUCCAAAAUACUUGCCUUCUGCUUAGGAAAGAAGGCACAUACUUAUUAAGACUAUGCAUGAGAUUUUCUUAGAAACAGAAAAAAAAAAGCAGAAAACUCUUAUCUUAAGAGUCAAUGAUUCAAGUCUUUACAUAGUACUUAGUCAAUGAGAAUGGAGAGUGGAAAAGUCUUUAAUUUUGACCCUCACUUGAAGUUUGUUUCAUUUUUCCAAAGUCUUGGUAACAAAAUUCCAAGUUCACAUAUAGAAAAAUAAACCAGAUAACAAGGUUAAAUUCCAAUUUCUUGCUGUGUGAGACCAUAUAGAGUAAACAAUAUGGCUUCUGUUUUCUUUUUUUUGUGUUGUGUAGUGAUCUUUAGCCUACAUCAAGUACUAGGUAAUUCCAAAUCCAACUGCACCGAUGAGUUCGAGUGUGGAGGCCUUGGAGCUAUGAAGUUUCCUUUCACAAAUACCACCAACCCUGAGUGUGGAUUAUGCAGGUUUGAUUGUCAUACUAAACCAUAUCCUACAAUUAAACUUGGUGGACACAAAUAUGAUGCUGUAGUGAAGAGGGGUGAUUUAUUCCUUAUUUCAGAUCCUAAACUUCAAGAGUACUUAGAGCACAAAAGUUGCAAGUCUUUUGACAGAAACUUCUCAUUUCCAAAUUCCCCUUUGAUUUCUUUCCAAAUUGUUCCUAACUUAACCUUGUACAAAUGCAAACAUAGCCAUAAAAACAACAUCCAGAAGACAAAUGAUUCUUUUUUCAAAGAUUUUGAUCAAUAUACUGAGUGUGAAGGUUUUAAUGUUUACUAUCACCAUCCCAAGAAAACAAUAUUGGGAAAUACUAGUGCUAAGAUAAGUGGCAAACUUCCAAAGCACUGUUCAUUUGUACAAUUGCCAAUUCCAUUGCCUACACCAGCAAAACCAUAUGCAGGUGGCUUGUUUGAAUUGUUGACUUCUAAUGCACUUCUAAACUGGGAGUUAUCCAAAGAUUGUCAUCUGUGUCUUGACAAAGGAGGGAAAUGCCAGCUGAUCGAUGAACACGAGUUUCAUUGUUCCACUAAAGGACAAAAUGAACAAAGUAAUUCGAGAAUGAUUGUUAUGGCCUCAGGUGGAGUUGGUUUGAUCCUACUAUCUUCCACCGUUGCCUAUUCUAUCUGGUUUCGCAAGAGAAGGAAGCCUGGUUCGACUCAAUUUCAUCGGGAUCUUGAGGUAGAGAGCAAAUAUUUUGGAUUUCAGGUUCCAGUUUUCACCUAUGCUGAACUUAAGGAAGCCACCAACAAUUUUGAUCCCUUGAAUGAACUAGGAGAUGGAGGUUUUGGAACUGUAUAUUAUGGGAAACUGUAUGAUGGAAGAGAAGUUGCAGUAAAAUGCCUCUAUGAGCACAACUGCAAGAGAAUGCAGCAGUUCACAACUGAAAUCGAGAUUCUUACUCGUUUGAGGCACCAAAAUCUUGUGUCUCUUUAUGGCUGCACUUCAAGACGCAGCCGUGAACUUCUCCUUGUUUACGAAUACAUUCCACAUGGAACAGUUGCUGAUCAUCUCCAUGGCGAAAGAGCAGCAGAGGGAUCUCUCACAUGGCCCAUCCGUAUGAACAUUGCAGUUGAAACAGCCAGUGCAUUGGCUUACCUCCAUGCUUCUGAUGUGAUACAUCGCGAUGUCAAGACUAACAACAUCCUUCUCGACAACAACUUUCGUGUCAAAGUAGCAGAUUUUGGACUCUCGAGACUUUUCCCCAACAACGUUACUCACAUAUCAACAGCUCCUCAAGGAACACUCGGGUACGUUGAUCCUGAGUAUCACGAGUGUUAUCAGCUUACCGACAAAAGUGAUGUUUACAGUUUCGGGGUUGUCCUAAUCGAGCUUGUAUCAUCAAUGCCAGCUGUUGACUUGAACAGGCAAAAGAACGAGGUCAAUUUGGCUAACUUGGCGAUAAACAGGAUACAAAGAUGUGCAUUUGAUGAACUGAUCGAUCCAUCACUCGGGCUAAACUCAGAUACGCUUGCUAAGAAAAUGACAAUCUCUGUCGCGGAGCUAGCUUUUCGAUGCUUGCAACUUGAUAAGGAUAUCAGGCCAACAAUGGAUGAAGUAUUGGACAUUUUAAGAAAGAUCCAAGGUGGAGAGUUUCAUCAAAAUGAGAAGACAUUUGACAAUUUAUUCAAGUCUAAGAGUGUUGAUAUCCCUCCAUUUUCCUCUGAAUCAGAUGAAGUUGCACUGUUAAAGAAAGUUAAGUUCAUAAGUUCGUCAGAUACUAAUAGUGAGGUAUGGAUUAGUGGCUCUACCACAACAAGCACUAGUGAGUGAGUGAGUGACUAUCUAUGUUGCUCGGAAACUCAAAAAAUAUUGCUGCACUCGUGACAAAUCCUUGUAAAAUGUGUGGCUUUUGAAGGAUCUGACGAUAUUUUUGAAGAGUUCGAGAGGUGAAUAUCUUAGCUAAUGUAGUUUUCAGACUUCAGAAUCUACUAACUCUUAGCUAAAGCAUUUGAGCUUAUAGGAAUUUUACAUAUAAUAAAUUAUGUUCAUGAUGUUAUGCUUCUUUUGCUUUUUUAAUUGUCAAUUUUCAUUAAA